AUGAGAAAAGUCUUAAUCACUGGUGGAAAUCGAGGUUUAGGAUUUAAAUUAGCAGAAGUAUUAUCUCCGAAUCAUCAUAUACUAUUAACAGGUAGAAACUUGGAUAGUGUGAAUUAAGCUAAAUGUAAAAUAACAUCUAUUGUACCAAAUGCAAACAUUACCACAUAAUAAUUAGAUGUCUCAAGAUUUGAUAGUAUUAAGACAUUUCAUAAAUGGAUGAUGACUACUAAUACUACUCUAGAUGUAAUUGUAAAUAAUGCUGGUGUGAAUGAUGAAAAUGAAUUAGAAAAUAAAGCAUUUGAUAUAAUGAACACUAAUUUGUUUGGAAUCAUAAAUCUAACAGAAACAAUAUUACCAUAACUCACAUAAGAUGGAAAAGUAAUUGAUUCAUAUUGAUAUUUUUAGAUUAUUCUAAUAUCCUCUAUGCUUGGUAAACUAAAAUUAUAACCACCCACUACUUAGAAAUUGUUAUAAGAAAAAUUGACAAAAUAAUAAAUAUUACAAAUGGCUAGAGAUCUUAUACACAAUUAUAAAGAAGGUAAUUAUGGAAUCUGGUCAUCACAUAUUCAACCACUCUAUAAAGUAUCUAAAGUAUUGACAAAUGCAUAUGCCAGAUAUGUCUUAACCGAUUUAGUAUAACCAAAUUAAUCUAUAUUCUGUGUUCAUCCUGGAUGGUAUUAGUAUUCUCAUUACUCUUUAGGGUUAAAACUGAUAUGGGAGGACCAAAAGCUCCAGGGGAAAUUAAAGAUGGAAUAUUCACCAGUAACUAUUUAAUUCAACAAUUACCCUAUGGUAGAAAUCCACAAUAUCAUGCUAAGUAUUUUAAUGACAAAGCCUAAAUUGAAGACUAUUGAG